AUGUCGCACUCUGACCACACGAGAGAUCCCUGCCCAUGGGUUAUCCUUAACGACUUUGGUGGAGCUUUCUCAAUGGGAGCGGUCGGCGGUGGUAUCUGGUAUGGUAUCAAAGGCGCUAGGAACUCACCGAGAGGCGAACGGUUCGUCGGGGCUAUUUCUUCCAUGAAAGCGCGUGCACCCGUGACCGGUGGAAAUUUCGGUGUAUGGGGUGGCAUGUUCUCAACGUUUGACUGUGCUAUCAAGGGAUGGCGGCAAAAAGAGGACGCAUGGAACGCCAUUAUUUCAGGAUUCAUGACAGGUGGAUGUUUGGCUCUUCGCAGUGGGCCACGUUCGGCUCUUGGCUCUGCCAUUGCUUGCGGCAUCCUUCUCGGUGUUUUCGAAGGAGUAGGUGUUUUGAUGUCCCGUGUAUUUAGUGAAGGGCAACGGCCACAAAUGGCACCAUUACCCGGAGCAAUCUCACCACAGCCUACAUCUUCAUCCCCCCAGUAG